AUGAACACUCUGGACAACAUUAAGAGUGGUGUGGCCGUUGACUCCUUACUGAACUUUGAAACGCCGCCUUUUCUCACGUCCGCCGUCUGCUUUCCGUUUAUGUGGCAGGUGAAAUAUUACACUGCAGAGUCCUUCGAAGUUAGUCGCUAUAAGAAGGCGAUUAUUGACUACCAGCGAGCCAGCUGGAUGACCCUGGCAUCCCUGAGCAUCCUUAAUGUGAUCCAGAUGCUAAUCGUUACUCUGGGCCUCUUGACGGGCACUCUACUCUGCGCGCACGCUGUGGUCGCGGGGAAUCUCACGUUGGGCGACUUUGUCCUCUUCUGUACCUACAUGACGCAACUCUACCUGCCUCUCAACUUCUUCGGC